AUGUCAGAAAACAUCCCUGAAUCAAUCCCCACGUCGAUGGACCCACAGUCGCAUCGACCAAAUAAGAAACGCGCUCUCUCGCCGUCCUCAGCCCAGGCCGCACAACUUGCUGGUCUGAUGAAGAACCCUGACCGCUUUGUACCAACUGCUAAAUCGCGGGAGAAGAAACUCGCACCACCGCCCGAAAUCGUGGCCAAUGUCCAGGGUUCGAGUGCAGGUGCCGGGUCAGGUGAAUUUCACGUCUACAAGGCUAGCCGAAGGAGGGAAUACGAACGUUUAAAGAUGAUGGAUGACGAGCUAAAAAGAGAACAGGACAAGGAGGAAUUCGAUACUAAGACUGAAGAGUGGAAGAAAAAGGAUGAUGCUAAAACAGCCAAGAAUAGAGCGAAGAGGCAGAAAAAGAAGCUGGCGCAAGAGAAGAAGAAGGAAAGCGAGAGAACAGGGACCCCACAGUUUGAAAGCACUGAUAACGAAGUCGAUGAUGCUGGUGCGGAUGGCGCCGCUGGUCCUACGGAUAAUGAAGUGGGGCCUCAGAUUAAGCUUGUCAAGAAUAUACAACCAUCGAAUGGCACAUCGGCUGCAGUUGCCCCGUCAAGCGGCAACAGGUCUAUUGUUAUAUUCGAUGAUGACUGA